GUGUGAGCUCGAGCGUUUCGCUGAGCCGAGCUGAACCGGACCGAGCCGAGACAGCUGGACUGUAGAGACGGGGAGGGAAAAGGAGGAGGAGGAGAAGAAGAAGAAGUGACUGAGCUCGCAUAAGAAGAGUUGAUUCAAAGCAUUUAAAGCCUUGAAAUCUAUUUUAUUUAUGUUGAUGUUUCAGCUGGCUGCUGAAGACUCCGAUUCAUUUGUUUCUUUUUAUUUUUUUUUGCAUGUGAGGUUUUUUUUUUUAAUUUUAUUUUAUUGCAUUUGUUUGCACGAGAGUGGACCUGUUAACACUUGCGAUCAGAAGUGCAAUCUGCAAACAGGAGAAACUCAAAGAGAAGAGGGCAUGGAGAAAUCGAACCGAAACAUCCUGUGCCUGUUUGACGUGGACGGCACCCUGACACCACCCAGAGAGAAAAUUGAUCCCCAGCUGGACGAGUUCUUCCAGGCUCUGAGGAGGAAAGUGAAGAUUGGCAUUGUGGGAGGGUCGGACUACUCCAAGAUAGCAGAGCAGCUCGGGGAGGGAGAUGAUGUGAUACACAAAUUUGACUAUGUGUUUGCUGAGAACGGGACAGUGCAAUACAAGGAUGGGAAACUCGUUUCAAAACAUGCUAUUCAGAACCAGAUUGGGGAGGAGCUUCUGCAGGACCUGAUCAACUUCUGCCUCAGCUACAUGGGGCUCAUCAAGCUGCCAAAGAAGAGGGGGACGUUCAUUGAGUUCAGGAAUGGAAUGCUCAACAUUUCUCCUAUUGGUCGGAGCUGCACACCUGAGGAGCGAAUCGAAUUCUCUGAAAUCGACAAGAGAGAGAAGAUCAGGGAGAAAUUUGUUGCUGCCCUGAAAGAGGAGUUUGCUGGAAAGGGACUACGGUUUACUAAAGGUGGUCUCAUCAGCUUUGACAUUUUUCCAGAGGGCUGGGACAAGAGACUGUGUCUAGAGCUGCUGGAGAGCGAAGGCCUGGACACCAUCUACUUCUUUGGCAACGAGACCUCAGAUGGAGGGAACGACUAUGAAAUUUUCAACGACCCACGGACCAUUGGCUUCACAGUCUACUGUCCGGAGGACACGGCCAGACUCUGUCGGGAGCUUUUCUUUGAUGCUCCACCGCACGAGUUCUGAUGUACUGAACUACCCCCCACCCUGUCUCCCAGUCCCCUUUACCCACAAGACCCUCUGAACUCCUGCCUGUGGGUCUCUCCUGGUACAACACCCAGGCUUUUUUAUGAACUGCUAAAAGGUACCACUACUGAUUUUCUCCAUGUUGUUAGUGGGUUGAUUUGAUUAGAUUUGUUCAAUAACUCAAUCCCACUAUUUUUUUUAAAGGGACAGUGACUAAGUGUUAAAUGUUGAUGUGUGUUCAAGUGAGAUAAUGUAAUACUGUGCCAGAAGGUGUGUUUGACUGUCGAGUCACACCACUGCGAUGUGUAGCAUAUAACCUAAAGUUAACCAAAAUGCUUAAAGAGAUUACGAAACGAAAGUUAAUACUCCAGAUUACUUUAUAUCUAUAUGUAUCUAUAGAAUGACAUUUUGCACUAAUGUUGGGAUAAUUUUAUACCAGUAUUUGAUUUAGUCUUGUUAAAUACUGCUGAAGGAGGCGGUAAGAAUGUGACAGAGUGAUAUUAAAACAGGUGACUUUUACUUGUAGGUUUCUGAGUCCAUUCUGAAAAUGAAAUAUAAAUGAAGCAUUAAACAAGAUGUGGACCUUUCCGCCUGUAAGGUGGAGGCUAUAUGAAUCAUUCCAGGUAUUUUAAAUGUCUCCACAGCGCUCUGAACUGGAUGUAAUUUAUUGAUGGUUUAUUGUGUGAUCCCCUCAAUUGAAAAAAAAAGGAUUUUAACCUUACGAAGCUGCUGGAAAUGAAAGAAGAUUGCUAGUGUCACUCGUUUUGAUUCUCUAUGUUCUUUAAAGUGAGGAUUUAUCAGAUAUUUAAACCUGAGCGUCACUGACUCAAUGAAUUCACUUUAACCAGUGAAUUAAGCUACUGUGACCAAGUCACUCUAUAAACCUUUGUCAUGCAGCAUCACAAGUUUUUAUGUAAAAUAUUUUUACAAGCUUUAUCAUGACCUGCACACUGUAUACUUGGUGACUAGAUGUAUUGAUGCUUAUUGCUUGAUUCCUUGUUUCAAACAGUGUUUCUGUUUUCAACAGAAAAAAGUUUUUUUUUUAAGGUUUGCUCGAAGGGUUUUAAAAAUGUGAAAACUACUUGUUUAAUUUCCCCAUAACAAGUUAUUGUUCUUUCUGUCAUGGUUCAGCAAAAUAAUGCCUCCUUAAUGGAUCCUUAUUGUGAAUAUAAGUCAGAUAUAUCAGCUGCAGUCCUGUGUGCGACUGCAGACAAAGGAUUGUGUAGACGUACAUGCACAGCAGAGAAUUGGCUUCUAAUGUGUCACUCAUGCUAAGUGUAAGACUGAUCAUGUUGUUUUUCAAUCAUUUAUGGAAAGAAAUGUAUUUUAUGUCAGUUCAUUGUAAUAAAUCUCUUUUGAUAUCAUUUCACCA